GCCAUUUCUGCUUGAGAAUUUUGUUAUUGUUUUCAUUCAUUAUUUAUUUAUUGAAAGAAAUAUAAAUAUAAAUAAAACAUAAUUCAAUAAUCUUAACAGAAUCUUAUUUGAUUAUCGUGGUUUUUAUUUAUAACAUUCCGCCGUAACUUUCAGUUGCGAUGGCGGAGUCCACUGACACAGUGUUCAUAGAUGUAGCAUCACCAUCACAGUUUGCGAUGGUUGACACAGCGAUGACUGACACAACGAUGACCAACAUAACGUUAACUGACACUACGGAACAACCUAAACAUGACGCAGAGAUUGUAGAUCCAGAUAACCCGUCUCUGGUGGUACUGACAGCCCAGCCCCGUCGCAUCCGUUGCCCAGAAUGUGACCGUUACACAGCGGAGACUGAGGAGAAGAUGUUACGACACAUCCGCAAGAAGCACCGAGGAGAGAAUCCGUUCCAGUGUUACAUGUGUGAUUAUUCCACGUAUAAUAAAGUACUGUUUGAAGAGCAUGUUCGGAUACAUCAAGGCAUAAAACCAUACAAAUGCAGCCAUUGUCCCUACAGAAGCGUUUCAAAGAAGAACACAAAGAAACAUGAGUUAAUACAUAGACCGGACAACCCACAUAAAUGUGAGCAAUGCGGGUUCAUAGCUCGACACGUGAGGGCUUUAAGACACCAUGUAUUGUCACACAGUACUGAGACUACGGUAGAGGAGUGUUCCAUGUGUCUUAUGAAGUUUAAUUCGGAACAGAAGUAUAAUAGUCAUCGGAGGAGUCGGAAGAGAUGUCCGGAAUGCAAGAAAAUGUUCUGUUCCCGAAUAUACCAGGAUCACCUCUCUUCAAUACACGGUGUUCAGAAAACGGCUAAGAAACAGAAUAGUAAAAAGGCAGCCUCAUUCAAAUGUGCUAUAUGUGGUUGGGAGGCGAGUAGUAAGCCGAGGAUACUGCUGCAUUUAAUACAUCACCCGGAUCAAGAAGUAGAUGAAAGUGUAGUAGAUACACUCAUUUUAAGGGAAUUAGGUAUUAUGAGUGAAAAUAAGAGUAGUGACUGAUAUUUUAAAGAAAUACAGAAAGUAACAAGUAAGGAAAAAGCAAUGUAUGUAAAAACAC